CAUGCACAUAGCAACUUCCACCACUUUUAUACUUCCAACAUGAUAUACAACAGUUCCCCCACCCCUCCAUUCACCAAGGUGCCCACCCACGUCCUGUCCAAGAUAUUCAGCCACGUCUGCCUGGACUCGAAGCCCAACUAUGACAACAGGUACAGGCUCAAGUUUGCUCUCCUCUUAUCCUGGUGCUGCCGUGCCUGGAAGGACACCCUGCCUGAGAAAGCCGUGGACACCGUCACAUUCGAGCACGUCCGCACUGGCCAGUGCAACGGUGCUGGGAACCAUGGCAUCGAAUGGCGGUCCAACGUCAACGAGUUUAUCAAGCUCAAGGCUACCCUGUCGGCCAAGAAGCUCCUCAUCAUCAUGGACAGCGGAUGCGAGUGCAGGCCGACUCUCAAGGAUGUGAUGAAGCAGUUCCGCUUCGAAGUACAUGACUGGAAAAACAUCAAAUCCAUUCAUUUCGCUGGACCCGGUAUCUACGAGCCUGGUACCGACUCUCCUCCAUUCCAGCUGGGCGAGUAUGCCGAUGGCGAGCUCGACAAGUUCAAGUCAUUCCUGACCAACAUCACGUCUCUCACUCACAGCCUGUCCCGCCAUGGGCAUAUCCCUGUAGUGGUUGAGCAUAGGAUCCCACAGAGACUGUUCCCGCUCAUCAAACAACUGCACAAGCUGUACGAGGAGAACCUGCUCGGUGUACAAGUAACCUGUCCAGUUCAGCCAUCCCGCUCCCAGAGCGUUGUUCGGCCCAAAAAGCUCAUCAUCGACUACUUGUAUCUGAAGAGCAUUGGUGCGAAACGAGAAUACCCAAUCGAGGAUUUGAUGCAGCUCCAAGUUUUAUGCUUGAAUGGCCCGUUUCAGAUGAAUUACUUCAAGACAACUAGCCAGUGGACGUACAACUUCAAGAACCUCACGACCAUUACACUGAGCUUCGAGAUUACCAUGAAACGGUGCCUACGACAGCUGCCGACAGAAAUUGCCAGGGUUUAUUUCCCCAGCAUACGGAACAUUGACAUUACCAACUCGUCCAAUGUCUACGUCGAUUUCUACCAGAUAUUCCAUGGCUGCAACCUGCAGUCCUUGCGAAUGAUCGAGGAUGCCGAUGGUCUGCGUCGGGUUGACCCCCAGAUUGUCAGAAACGUCCAGUGUCUGGAUAUCCUAAUGAAGACACCUGCUGGCAUAGCUGCUCCACUACCGCGCGACAUCUUGACCCGGUUUUACUUGACUCCGUCCAGCGUCCAAGAUGCAAGACUAGUUGGAAAUGGUCUUGUAUUCUCAGGCACUACGGCAUGGAUCAAUCUACUGGUUCUGGAAAUCGAUUUGGCAAUGUCUGACAUGUGUCACCUGGCAAGUAUGAUUGUCCAACUUCCGUGUCUAUGGCGCCUACGGCUCCUUUGCAUAGCACUGGUAAUGUCUGGAUUAAACAAAUGCGUCUGGGAGCCUGAACCUGCUAAUCCAGACCCGUUGACGAUCCACGAAAUCGCCAAGAAUCACUCGAGCGAGAUCCUGCGCAGCAGACAGAGGAUUCAGAAGGCUGCUUCAAGGGGCCAGAAACAGCCACAGAAAGCAUCAACCAGCCAGCCGUAUAUAUCAGCUUCACCUACCAGCCACCCGCGUCCACAGGCAGCGUCAAGCAGCGCACCGAUUCGGAUUGUGCCUAGUAUUGGCGAGUCGCAGAAAUCAGCAGGCAAAAAGCGCCGUAAGGAAACAGCUCCAAGAUCAUUACUGUUUACAGAGAACCUGCGACAAAUCCAACCACGGCCUGAGGGUAUGCCACAUGUUAUGCCAGAGGUAUCCCGUAAGCCCGUUGUCAAGAGGUCACUGCCAGGCAAGGACUCGGCGAACAAGAAGCAGAAGACCAAGAUCAACUCUGAGGGAUACUUCCUGAGCGAGCGGCUGCAAGUCCUCCAAGUCAUGUCUGCCGAUGCCAGAGCGAAGCAGAUCAUUCUCGAGAUGCUCCACUAUCUCCCAAAGCUGGACAGCAUCAAGGUAGUCGACGGGUUUGGCAAUAUGGUGCGGGCUGAACUCUUUGAUAUUAACAUGGAAAGUACUAUUAGUGUUUCUGAGUUCCCGCCUCGCGAGUAGUUCUUACCUUUAUUACUUUAUCCAUCUGAAAUCUUAAACAGUAUCCAACAUAGCAUCGAUCCACUCACAGCAGGACACUGUCAAGAUAUCCACACAGCGCCCAGUGACAUUAUGACGGC